UCUCUUUCUCUCUCUCUCUCUUUCUCUCUCUCUCUUUCUCUCUCUCUCUCGGGGGCGUGUUCAAAAAAGGCAGGUCUAUCAUUACUGUUAUUUAGUGGUGAGACUCUCGUGAACCACCUGACUGCUCACGACAGCCCUUCAGUCUUUUACCAAGAUGCAGAAGUGGAUUGUGAUCUGUUGGGCUCUCCUGGCCCUGGUUGGUGCUGAUGAGUGUCCAGAUGGAGGAAGAUGUGAAAACGGUCAAAGCUGCUGCAACAACCCGGCCAACGGCUAUGAAUGCUGCCCGUUUGAUCAGGCUGAGUGCUGUGGAGAUCACAUGCAUUGCUGUCCUGGGGGAACAAUCUGCGAUUCAGCCACAUCCAGCUGUGUGAACGCUACUGCGUCCUUCCCCUGGGUGAAAAGAGCUUCUGCUGAUCAACCUGGACUCUCUAAAUCCUUCAGGAUGAUCAAGACGUACAUGGGGGAGGAAGACGACAACAUCUGUCCUGAUCAGUCACGAUGCCCACCUGAGUUUUCCUGUCUGAAGGCCUUGACAAGGUUUGGCUGCUGUCCCCUAGCUCAGGGAGUCCCCUGCUCUGAUGGGAAACACUGCUGUCCUGAGGGCCACCAGUGCAGUUCAGACAGCCGCUCCUGCAUCAGAAAAGAUAUUGUGACUACAGUUCUGUGCAGCGACGGAGUGUCAGAGUGUCCAGAUGAAACCACCUGCUGUGAAACCCCAGAGGGCAAGUGGGGAUGCUGUCCCAUGCCAAAGGCUGUGUGCUGCGAGGAUAAGACACACUGCUGUCCUGAAGGGACAACAUGUGAUAUCGAACACAACAAAUGUAUUUCCUCAUCUACCAAAAAAGAGAUGCCAAUGUGGGCCAAACUCCCUGCUAGGAUGAGGGCAGAGUGGGAGAACCAGAAAGAGGCUGAACAAGUUUCUGCAGAGACAGUAAAUGUUGGUGGCUCAAAAAAAAACCCCGAAGUCACCCCAGUGAAUACAGUUCCUCAUUCAGAGAAGGAAGUGUCUCUGUCAUCUGUCACUAAGGCAGCUGCAGGCAGUGAUGUCCCCUGCGAUGAUACAACAGCCUGUCAAGAUGGCACCACAUGCUGUAAAACCAAAGAGGGCGGCUGGGCUUGCUGUCCUCUACCAGAGGCUGUUUGUUGUGAAGACUUCAUUCACUGCUGCCCAAAAGGUAAGACAUGCAACCUGGCUGCACAGACCUGCGACGACAACACAUGCUCUGUGCCGUGGGUCGACAAGGUACCCACAAUCCCCAGGCAGGGCGCACAGGUGGGGAAUGUUACAUGUGACUCCACCUUCAGUUGUCCUGAUGGCACCACCUGCUGCAAGAAAACGACAGGAGACUGGGGCUGCUGUCCUCUACCUCAGGCGGUCUGUUGUGACGACCACGAACACUGCUGCCCUACUGGCACCACCUGUGACCUGGCCACACUCAGCUGUCAGAGCAGCUCAGGCUCAACGCCCAUGCAACGGAAGAUGCCUGCAUUUGCCACGGCGGCGCCCACUACAGUGGCGACUUCAGCCCAAAGCAGUGAUGUCCCCUGCGAUGAUACAACAGCCUGUCAAGAUGGCACCACAUGCUGUAAAACCAAAGAGGGCGGCUGGGCUUGCUGUCCUCUACCAGAGGCGGUCUGUUGUGACGACCACGAACACUGCUGCCCUACUGGCACCACCUGUGACCUGGCCACACUCAGCUGUCAGAGCAGCUCAGGCUCAACGCCCAUGCAACGGAAGAUGCCUGCAUUUGCCACGGCGGCGCCCACUACAGUGGCGACUUCAGCCCAAAGCAGUGAUGUCCCCUGCGAUGAUACAACAGCCUGUCAAGAUGGCACCACAUGCUGUAAAACCAAAGAGAGCGGCUGGGCUUGCUGUCCUCUACCAGAGGCGGUCUGUUGUGACGACCAUGAACACUGCUGCCCUACUGGCACCACCUGUGACCUGGCCACACUCAGCUGUCAGAGCAGCUCAGGCUCAACGCCCAUGCAACGGAAGAUGCCUGCAUUUGCCACGGCGGCGCCCACUACAGUGGCGACUUCAGCCCAAAGUACAGUUGUAACAACCACACAGCAAACGGGGGAGGAGAAGAAUAAGCCUGAGGAGGAUGAGGUGAUGACGAAGGAGGAGGAGGAGGAGAAUAAAGAAGGGAAGGGCAGGAUUCAGUGUGACACCCACACCAGCUGCCCUCAGCACACCACCUGCUGCUUCAUGGCCUCGUCUCAAAAGUGGGGCUGUUGCCCACUGCCAAAGGCGGUGUGCUGCGCUGAUGGGAACCACUGCUGCCCCACCCACUACAAGUGCAAUGAGCAAGGGUCCUCGUGCGUCCAAGGAGAAGUGGUGAUUCCAUGGUACACCAAGCUUCCAGCCACCACCAGCAUCCAGGCUGAUCCCAGCUCUGUGCAGUGCGACGGUCUGAGUCAAUGUCCCGAACACACCACCUGCUGCCAGCUGUCCACGGGCGAGUGGGGCUGCUGCCCGCUGCAAAAUGCUGUGUGCUGCCCAGAUAAGGAGCACUGCUGCCCACAGGGUUACACCUGCAACGUCGCCUCUAACUCCUGUCAGAAGCUCAUCAUGCUGCAGCUGGAGACUGUCCCGCUAACACCGGUGUAUCUGUCUGAGCAUCAACCCCAGCUCAGUCCCUUAAAGCACAGAGACGUCCAGUGUGAUGAACAGACCAGCUGCAAAGAUGGACAGACCUGCUGCAGGAUGUCAGCUACUACAUGGGGCUGCUGUCCUUAUACUAAUGCGGUGUGCUGCAGCGACAUGAUGUACUGCUGUCCCACCGGCUACACCUGUACUGAAAGUGGAGGCUGCAUCCAGAACACCAGGCUCCACUGGUACAACUGGCACGUGUUCGUCGCCAACAAAAAGAGAGCUCUGAUAUUGUGAAAACAUCUCUCUCAUUUGUUUCUGCAUGCAACGCACUAAUGGAAAAUAAUGUAAAGGGAUUUUGUGAUAACUGUUAAAUGCUUUGUUCUUAGAGGACAGUAGUAAACGGUGAAGGGGACACUGUGAUAUUGCACAUGGGGUUAAAAUGUUCUGUGAGCUUGGAGUUGCAACGAGAUCUGUUCUGGCACGUUGCUGACGCAAUGUUCAUAGGUCAUUAAUAUUGGAAUAACUCAUCAUAAAAGUCUGAUUUAUCCUUGUUAAUCCAAGCUACUUGAAACUCUACUCCAUCCACAAAAAAAUCAGCUGAAACACUCCACAGGCAACAUGAUUUUAUUCACUGUCAGUCAUCUGUUUUCUGUACGUCCUGCUUCAGCUGCCUUGUGUUGCAAAAUGCACUUCUCUAUUGACAAUCACUCACAAUGUGGGGCAUAAUUUAACAUAUAAUCUAAUAUCCAAAUAUGAAUCUGCUGUUUCCUGGUCAGUACUUGGUUUAUCUGAGCGUUUAGAUAUAUGUGUGGCAUAAUCUGUAAUGAGUUAUUGAUUUGUUAUCUUUCCUGGAAUGAGAGGUGUUUUAAUUUUGUGCAUCCUGUUGUCACUUGUGUUAACUUAACACACACCAUAAAGCAAACAUGGAGAAAUACAUGCUGGUGCAGAUUCAUGUCUUGUAGAUUUUACAAUAAAUCUUAUUAACAAGA